AUGACAGAAUCCAAAAAGGUCUUCUCAUUUACUGGGCUGAUCGAGCUUGUUCAGCAAUCGCGGAACAUUAGUCUCGCUAUUCCAGAUGAUGAGUGUUUUGAUCCGCCGAAAAAUAUUUUGGAGGCGUUGGCGGUUGUUAUCGAACUUUUGCGAGGACAAGAAUUAAGACGGGAGGCCAACGCUUUAUCCGACAUCCUGGAAAUCUGCCACCAGCCCACGACCCUAGGAGGACUUGGAAUCACUCACGAUGACUCGCUUACCAUUGAACAGGAAUCUGAAAUUAUGUUCUUGGUGUCUGCAUGGCUGGAAGCGCUCAACUCGGCAGAUCAUGCCAAAAAUCUACCGAGUCCGCUGCCUCAACGCCCUGUCGGACGACGUGGAAUGACAUUAAGUGAGAAGAUUUUUGCAAUGCAUGACAUGGAACACAAGGGUUUUGUCACUCCGGGAGAGCUGAUCCGGAUUCAUGUGGACUGGGUGAUAGCCUCCGAAGCAUCGUGGGCGGGAAUGGAGACAACAUACAACGAUCUCGGGAAGCCUGGUAUCUUCCGGAAUGACCGUUUCUGGCUAGCGGGGGAUCAUGUCGUUGAUCCCCGAAUCAAUGAUUUGCCCAAGGUACGAGGGUUGAUUGAUGCAAGUGAGCGUGCCAAGCGGGUGUUCAAGAUGACGGAUUAUCAAGGCAUGAACUACACAAUUCUGCACACCGAAUUUUACCGGGAACGGGCACAGCCGGGCAUGGUUGUCAUAGGUUCAGACUCGCAUACGUGCUCCUCAGGAGCGCUAGGAUGUCUCGCUAUUGGUCUUGGGGCUGCAGAUGUCACUUUGCCUUUGGUCACAGGGGAGACAUGGUUCAAGGUACCAGAAUCUGUCAACAUUCGUCUUGCUGGAACUCCAAGGCCUGGAAUAGGGGGCAAGGAUGUCAUUCUUUACAUUCUGCAGCAAUUGAAAAGAAAUACCAUUGCUUCAGAGAGAAUAGUGGAGUACACCGGUCCAGGGGUCAAACACCUAUCUCCCGAUGCGAGGUUCGCCAUCUCAAAUAUGACGACUGAGUUUGGGGGUGUCACAGGAAUCUUUGUUCCCGACGAAUUUACGCAAAACUUCAUCCAUAGAAGAAAGCUUGCACGGCACAAGAGUCAAGCCGUCUACUUCAAGCCAGACGAUGAUGCGCAAUACGCUGAGACUCACGAAAUCGACCUUGCGAAUGUCAGAUCCUUUUUAGCCAAAUACCCCAAGCCCGAUGACGUGGUCCCGGUUAGUGACUGCCAGGGUAUGGAACUGGAUGGUUGUUUCAUUGGCGCCUGUACUACAGCAGAAGAAGACUUAAUCCUCGGAGCUUUGGUUCUCGCCGAGGGAUUGAAUCGAGGUCAACGGCCCAUCAAAAAGGGUAAACGAAAGGUGGUUCCAGGAUCGAUGCCAAUCCUUCACAGACUACGUCAACUUGGUCUCACGGAAACAUAUGAAAGUGCUGGUUUUGAAAUUGGUAUUCCUGGAUGCAGCUACUGUGUUGGAAUGUCAGCAGAUCAAGCAGCCCCGGGAGAAGUGUGGUUGUCCUCGCAAAACCGUAACUUUGAGCACCGGAUGGGACGAGGAUCGAUCGGCCAUCUUUCGUCAGCUGCUACCGUUGCUGCCUCGUCUUUCCAGAUGAAGUUGACGGACCCGCACGAGUUAAUAGAGGCAAUUGAUCCAAUUCAAUGGAGUGGGAUGAAAGGCACCCCUCAACCCCGGGGAGAGGAUGAAGCCCCUAACGGCCCGAAAUACGUGGAACCUAGUGGCUCCCCUCGAAUGCUUGAACCAAAUGACGAGACCAGGGUUCGAGAACCAAACCUGAGACGUGUGCCUAAUUCGUCUGCAGCACAUUCUAACACAGAACCAUUGAGAGGAAUGAUUCAGCUGCUUGGAGAUUUCAUUGAUACCGAUGCUCUUGCUCCUGCGGAGUUUCUUAUCGGUAUGAAAGAUAAUGAAACGAGUGGACUACACUGCCUGGAAUUUACGCAUCCUGAAUUUCGCAACCGUGCCAGCGACGGCUUCAGCAUCCUGGUAGCCGGCAAAGGUUUUGGUUGCGGAUCGUCCCGCGAACAGGCUGUAAUGGCCCUUUUAGGGUGUGGAGUGAAAUGUGUGAUUGCGAGGUCAUUUGCCUUCAUUUUCCAGCGCAAUAUGCCGAAUUUAGGCCUAUUGGGUAUCACCAUGCAAGACGAGGAGUUCUUUCAAGCUGCUACGGAUGGCAAAGAAGCCUCCAUUGACUUUGAUACCAGGUCAAUUUACUUGGAUGGACGGGCAUUCCACUUUGAUCUCAGCCAAAUGGAAAAAGAGCUCUUCGAACAUGGUGGGAUCUCUUCUGCUUUUCAGCAUUUUGGAAGCAGGCUUUUUGAAGUUAUGACUUCGGUCAAGGGACAGAAUGGUGAAAAAUCAUUUCCCAAACCAAAUCCCCAAUUGGAUUGGUGA